CUAACCUACUAAUCCGAUUCAAACCUUGUGACCAUGACCGCUAACCCGUGCAUAUUCUGUUUAGAUGAGCAGAGGCUUCCGCACCGCAUAUCCUGCGGCCACUCCUUCUGCACGGACUGCUUCCAGAGGUACUUGCAGCUGGGUCAGGACUCGCGGUGUCCACUCUGCAGACGCGACUUCAGGGCGGACCUCCAGCCUUCUCCUCCGCCGAGUGAGAGCUCUUCAGAGGAUCCAGUCCCUGAGAAUGAGUUGGACACGCUGGUGCUGACCCUUUCGGAGCAGGAGUGCCGGUUCUUCGAGCAGCUCUACAGGGACCUACGUUUGACCAGCGGUUGGGAAUAGAUGGGGCAGGAAGACCCUGUUAAUGAUAUAUGAUACUUGUUAUUUUUUGUAGAUACCUAUUUGUUUAUAUUUAUACUCUCUAUGCGAAAAAACCUCGAAAGAGUGCAAUGUGCUUUGCCAAAGAUAGA